ACCCGAAAGUGGGUGAAAGGUCGGCGGCGCCGCCGCCGCGCCUGGGGCAGUGGAGCGGGGACCCUGGGAACCGACAGGCACGGCGACUGACGGACGUACCAUGGCAGACCAGGCGAAGCCCAUUAGCCCGCUCAAGAACCUGCUGGCCGGCGGCUUUGGAGGCAUGUGCCUGGUGUUCGUGGGGCACCCACUGGACACGGUCAAGGUCCGACUGCAGACGCAGCCCCCAAAUUUGCCUGGACAGCCUCCCAUGUAUUCUGGGACCUUUGACUGUUUCCGGAAGACUCUUAUGAGAGAGGGCAUCAUGGGUCUAUAUCGGGGCAUGGCCGCCCCCAUCAUUGGGGUCACCCCCAUGUUUGCCGUGUGCUUCUUUGGGUUUGGUUUGGGGAAGAAACUGCAACAAAAACACCCAGAGGAUGUGCUCAGCUACCCCCAACUAUUUGCAGCUGGGAUGUUAUCUGGUGUAUUCACCACGGGAAUUAUGACCCCUGGAGAACGGAUCAAGUGCUUGUUACAGGGCUGUCCAAUUGCACCAUACCAUUUGCUGAAGAGACUUAUCUUUCUUCCACUGAAUUGUGUUUGCAUCUUUGUUAAAAGUCAGUUGAGCAUAUUUGUGUGGGUCUACUUCUGGGUACUCUAGUUUCUUCCAUUGAUUUAUGCAUCUGUCCCUUCACGAAUACUACACAGUCUUGAUUAGUAUAGCCAUAUACUAAGUCUUGAAAUUGACUAGACUGAUGCCUCCCACUUUAUUCUUUAAAAAAAAAAUGGGGACUUCCCU